GCUGGCUCCGAGCCAAACAAAGCGGAUAUUAGGCGGACGUUGUCGGUUAGCAACAAGUCUGACAACAGCGGGCUGCAGCGGGACAGCUGUUAGUCCGAGAACAGCGGCUGACCCGGGUUAGUUACUCUCUGAUCUCAACCGCGCCGAUAUGGAGGGCCGACCGGGGCGCGUGUGCUGCGCGCGACGGAUCCACCCGCUGUGAGGCUGUGGACCAGGCGCGUGAAGGAGUCCGUCCACGUCCCCGGGACACGGGACUGCUGGGUGACGUCAUGGACUGCCUGCUGGACUUUGAGGAUUGCGUCAAAGACUCACCUGAGUUCAGGCUGGCUCUGGAUCAGUUUGAAACAGAUGUUUCACAGCUGGAGACAAAACUGGACAAGGUGAUGAAGCUGUGUGGGAAGAUGGUAGAGGCGGGACAAGCGUACAGCACUGCCAAUAAGCUGCUACUGAGCGGCCUAGCUGAGCUGUGCACCAAUCAGACGAAGGACAGCGUGAUCACAACCUGCUUGAACCAGUUCCACCAGGGCCUGCAGGAGAUGGUCAGCUUCCACACUAUGCUGUUUGAUCAGACACAGAGAGCCAUCGGCCAGCAGCUCACUAACCUCUGCACGCAGUUCCUGCCCCAGUUGGCGGAGACCAGGAAGGAGUUUGUCCGGAUCGGCGAGGAUCUGGAGACGGCAGCGACGAAGAACGCUCAGGUGUCUCGACAUAAAGCCGCCGACGCCGAGCGGGCAAGUCACCUGCUGCUCGCUACACGCAAAUGCUACCAGCACUUCGCCUUGGAUUACUGUCUGCAGCUCAACACCUUCAAGACUCAGCAGAAGGUCGACAUCUUAAACUCUAUGUUCUCCUUCGUCCACGCUCAGUUCACCUUCUUCCACCAGGGCUUUGACCUGCUAAGAGACCUCGAGCCCACCAUGAAAACCAUGGCAGCGCAGCUGUCACAGCUGUCUGCGGACUGCACGGCCAAGAGGAAGGAGCUGGAGAACAGACACCUGCUGGUCCAGCAGAGGGACGCUUCAGGUGAGCCGAUGGUCAGCGCGUGUCCUGGCAAUGAUGACAUCAUCCGGGGUUACCUGUUCAAACGCUCGAGGAGGAAAUCUAAAAUGUGGAAGAGAUCCUGGUUCACCAUCAGAGACAACCAGCUCAUAUACAGGAAGUCCCACAAGGAGGAAGCUGUGGUUCUGUUUGUGGAUCUUCGACUGUGUGCUGUCAAAUCUCUGGAUCACGUGGACCGACGCUUCUGCUUUGAGCUGCUCUCCGUCCAGAAGUGUUGUGCUCUGCAGGCCGACUCGGAGCAGCUGAAGCAGGCCUGGCUCAGUGCUCUGCAGGGCAGCAUCGACCUCGCCUACAGAGAGCGAAGCGACACUCAGCUGACGCAGCCUAAGGAGCUCCCCCCUCUGCAUUGUGGCGGGGACGUCUGUCCGGGCCCUCCCGCCCAGAGGCCGGCAGCAUUGAGCGUGGCCCUGAGGGGCCUUGGGAACCAGAGGUGCUGUGACUGCGGGGAGGAAGAGCCUCGCUGGGCCUCCAUCAACCUGGCAGUCACCAUGUGCAUCGAGUGCUCGGGCAUACACCGGAGCCUCGGAGUCCAUCUGUCGAAGGUGCGAUCUCUCACUCUGGACUCCUGGGAGGCCGAACAGCUGAAGCUGCUGUGCGUUCUGGGAAACGAUGUGAUGAACCAGAUCUACGAGGCGCGAUGUUCAGAGGAGGGACGAGUCAAGCCCCGAGCCGACAGCCCGCGGGCCGAGAAGGAGGCGUGGAUCAAAGAGAAAUACGUGGAGAAGAAGUUUGUCCAGGCCAACGGCGCUCAGCAUCAUCGUCAUAAGGACUCAGCCAUGCUACGUCUCUAUCAGGCGUCUUUGGCAGGAGACCUGGUUGCCAUGGCGUCCAUGUUGGCUGAGGGGGCGGAGGUCAACGGGAGCGUUGGCGAGGAGGAGGGCCGCACGCCGCUGAUCGGAGCAGCGAUCGGGGGGUCGCUGUUGGCGUGCGAGUUCCUGCUGCAGAACGGCGCAAACGUCAAUCACAGAGACCUUAGAGGACAGGGGGCGCUGCACGCUGCCGCCACUGCUGGUCACACCGGACAGGUGUGCCUGCUGCUGAAGAGAGGAGCCAAUCAGUACGCAGUGGACGAGAGAGGUCAUGACCCUCUGGCCAUCGCCGUGGAAACGGCCAAUGCUGACAUCGUCACUCUGCUCCGGAUGGCCCGGAUGAACGAGGAGAUGAGGGAUUCGGAGGGAGUCUUCGGCGCCGCGGGAGAUGAUGAGACGUUUCAGGACAUCUUCCGGGACUUCAGCGACAUGGCGUCACAUGACCCGGAGCGACUGAGCCGGCGGCACUUCAGCCGAGGAGGGGCGGAGGAAGAGGAGGAGGGGUAGUGUUGAAAGGAUGGAGAGCGGUGACGGUAACAGUGUAAAUUAUUCUGUCACGAGUACCAGCCCACGCAGGAGGAAGACCUCAGACACCUUCUUCUUGGAUUACCGUUGACGGAGAACCGUUACCGACCUUCAGAUAACCACGAGUGCAGCUGAAAAUAUUUCCUCUCAUAUUAACCUCAGAUUAUUGAAUCUAAAUAUAUUUUAUCUGAAUAAUCACGUCUUAACUCUCAUGAGAGGAGAUCAAUGUUACAGAGGUUUGUCCUCAGUCACGCAACUUUACUUCAGGAUGUAGUUACAGCUAGCGCCCCCUGCUGGGCACAGUUAAUCGGUUACUAAUUUACUGUGAAGACACUGACACGUCCUGAAAAACUUCCAACAGCACUUUAUGUCCUCACAAUUCAGACAGCGUUCCAGAAAACGUUUCCAGAUGUUUCCGCUCCUGCGCCGAAAAAUAGGAAUCACCGAAAGCUGCAGCGGAUCGCUGGGAAUGAAGGCGUUUUAUGUGUGA